CUCUGAGGUGAAAUGGCGCAGAAAGGAGUUCAGCUGGACCGGGAAACUUUCUCUUGUGUGAUCUGUUUGGAUCUACUGAAGGAUCCAGUGGCUGUACCCUGUGGACACAGCUACUGCAUGAAGUGUAUUAAAACCCACUGGGACAAAGAGGAUGAGAAGCGAAUCCACAGCUGCCCUCAGUGCAGGCAGACCUUCAAACCAAGGCCUGUCCUGGUGAAAAACACCAUGUUGGCAGAACUAGUGGACCAGCUGAAGAAGACUGGACUCCAAGCUGCUCCUAAUGAUCACUGCUAUGCUGGACCUGAUGAUUUGGCCUGUGACAUCUGCACAGGGAGAAAACUGAAAGCCUGCAAGUCCUGUCUGCAAUGCCUGGCUUCUUACUGUGAGAAACAUCUUCAGCCUCAUUCUGAAGCAGCCCCGUUAAAGAGACACAAGCUGGUGGAGCCGUCUAAGAAGCUUCAGGAGAACAUCUGCUCUCGGCAUGAUGAGGUGAUGAAGAUGUUCUGCCGUACUGAUCAGCGGUCAAUCUGUUAUCUCUGCUCUGUGGAUGGACACAGAGGCCAUGACACAGUCUUAGCUGCAGCAGAGAGGAUCAAGAGGCAGAAAGAGCUCGAGGCGACUCAACAAAACGUCCUGCAGAGAAUCCAGGGCAGAGAGAAGGAUGUGAAGCUGCUUCAACAGGAGGCGGAGGCUAUCAAUCAAUCUGCAGAUAAAGCAGUAGCUGAAAGUGAGAAGAUCUUCACUGAGAUGAUCCGUCUCAUGGAGAAAGGACGCUCUGAUGUGAAGCAGCAGGUCAGAUCCCAGCAAGAAACUGAAGUGAGUCGAGUCAAAAAGCUUCAGGACAAGCUGGAGCAGGAGAUGGCUGAGCUAAGGAGGAAAGACAUCGAACUAAAGGCCCUGUCACACACAGAGGAUCACAACCAGUUUCUAAACGACUACCCCUCACUGUCACAAGUCGGUGAGCCUGCAGACCCAACAAGCAUCCACAUACGCCCUGUAACGUACUUUGAUGGUGUGACAGCAGCUGUGUCAGAAGUCAGAGAUAAACUACAGGACUUUCUGAGAGAGAAAUGGACAAGCAUCUCACAGACAGUAGCCGACGUGGAUGUUUUACUGUCAGAUCCUGAGCCAAAGACCAGAGCCGAGUUUUUAAAAUAUUCAUGCACCAUCACCAUGGAUCCAAACACAGUAAACCCAUAUCUUUUAUUAUCUAAGAGGAACAGAAUAGCAACACGCAUGGGUCAAAAACUGUCUUAUUCUAGUCACCCAGAUAGGUUCUCUGAUAUGUGGCAGGUCCUGAGUAGAGAGAGUCUGACUGGACGUCGUUACUGGGAGGUGGAGAGCAAAGGGGUUUCUGUAGCUGUCGCAUACAAAAGUAUCGAACGAAAAGGGAGCUCAGAUGCUUGUAUAUUUGGGCGCAAUAACAAAUCCUGGAUAUUAAAGUGUGAAAAUAUCGGUUAUAAAUUUUGGCACAACAAAGUUGAAACUCCUGUUUUUGGUCCUCGGUCCUCCAGAUUAGGAGUUUACCUGGAUUACAGAGCAGGUACUCUGUCCUUCUACAGCAUCUCCAAGAAGACUAUGACUCUCCUCCAUCAAGUCAAAACCGCAUUCACUCAGCCUCUACAUGCUGGACUCUGGAUUAAUUACAGCGCUCCUGGAGACACUGCUGAGUUCUGUGAACUGAAAUAGACAGAAGUCAUUUAAGGGUCGGUGGGUAAACUUCUGUGUUUUAAUUCUUAAACUUGAUUUUUUCCCAUAACUUAAUGAUCUUAACUCUAGCUAUACUUUACAUAUUUGACAUUGCUUGACAAUAUCUCACAUUUAUCUAAAAAAAAAAAAAAAAAAAGGAAAAACUGCCAUGUAUAUGUGUUGGAGUGCUUUGUAAUAUUCUUCUCAUGAGUUGGCUAAUUCAUAUUUUAAAAUUAAUGCCAACGUGCUAUAUAUACAGUGCUUAACAAAUUUUUUAGACCACCAUCCAAAGUAAGGUUUA